AUGGUCCUCAGACUAGAGUCUCAGCAUCAUCUGGGAGCUUUGAUGAAAGCUCGGCUGGGUAGCCUCCUAUUCCUUGCCACCUUGGUGAUCCCAUCCAAAGCAGAAUGCAUUAUCGAAAACCAAGAGAGACUUCCAAACCAAAAGUAUGAUGAAUGCAUGGAUGCUGAUGGUGGCAAGCAUUUCCUCAACAGUACCUGGAAGAAAGAGAAAUGCACGUGGUGUUUCUGUAGCAAAACGUCAAUCACCUGCUGUACAAAUACUGCUAAGCCUGUGGACUAUGACGAAGAGAAGUGUUCCAAACAAUUCCACCCAGAGAACUGCACCUAUAGUGUGGUGGAACGGACAAACCCAGGAAAGACUUGUCGAGUCAACAGAUGGACAGUGUAA